UACAAAUUCAAGAUGGUGGACGCAAAGCGCUGUUGUUGAAAGAAAAUUUUUAUAAACUGGCAAAUAACAAGAAAGAUGUCGCUUGUUUCAUACGCCGAUAGCGACGAUAGUGGGGAAGAGGAUAUGAGCGAGCCUGAAGUGAAAACAAAUGUGAAAAAGAAUGAGGAUAAAGCCGUCAAAAUUGACAAAACAGGCUUACAAACUAAGGCAUCGGUUGAGCAAAACAAAACACAACGGCAAACUAUCGAUGCUCGUGGCUCUGAUAUGACAAAACCAAAGUCAAUAGGAAGUUUAUUUUCAUCCCUUCCAGCCCCAUGGAUGUCUACAGUAACGUGGGCAAAUAAAAUUUCUGGUAAAAAGGCAGGAACGAAAGCGAGGGAACAAACAGUGAAAAUCACGUUGCCCACUCUGGCUGAUAAUGUAUGUUAGGUUAUAGAAUGGAAGGCUACGUUUACACUCUACUGGACAACUUUCCGUAGCGACGUGAAAAAACAUCUAUCCGUACCUUUUAGGAAUGCUAUUUUCAGAGGAAUUAUUGCAACGGAGAGAUGUUGUUUCGCUCAGCUUCUCAAAGUUGUACAUUCCGCCACUACGGAAGCUAUCCGUGUAUAGUGUAAAUGUAGGUUAAGGUACUCAUACUGGCUAGUUAGACGUAUUGGAGUGCCUUCGUCCACCCGGCGUUAUAUUCUUAGGGUAAACACAAGAUGAACUGUGUCCAGAAUAUGUUCAUCAUCUAUACCUAGUCCUAGCUAGAAUAUCGUGUUCUGGCAACAAAUCAUGUCUGAUAUUUUACUGCAUGGUAGUCUGUACGAUGCUGUUUAUGAACGGAUCACCCAUCAAGACGAACUAUACGCAUGCAAGUUAUUCAGUAGCGACCUUAAGCAUGUAGGCCGGGAACGAGACGGCAAAAAACUCGUUGAACCAAAUGAUUAAAAAAUUUCAAGGAUUGAGGUUAAUAACACAGGAUUUGAUUGGAAAAAGUUUUAGGACCCAAUUGAAAGUAGCUGUUGUCCCAGCUUGAAAUAUAAGCGCUGUAUACAAGACGUGAUAAUCUGUACUUUGCCGUUGUAAAACAGAGCUACGUCGAAAACUUCCGUGGAAUUUUAAUUGUUCAUUUCUGCUCAUUUUCUGAAUGAAUGAAUGUUUGAAUCUUAAUUGUAUUAAUGAUAUUAACCCUACUUGUUGCACUUUCGUCCAGCUUGUUGAGGUUCUUAAUAACAGUAGUUCUUUAUCAUUUUAAAAGUGUAAAAUUUAAGACUGUUUCUUGUCACGCUCCCGUGCUAGAUUAAGCCUUGCUUAAGUUUGCUAGUGUUAACAAACUACACAGAUACAGUAGUUCAUCUUGACGGGUGAUCCAUCUUUUUGACGUGUUUCUACACAGUUAUCAGACGAACUACUUUUUUGCCUAAGUUUGUCCAGACUGGUCAUCCACCUCUAAUAAGUCAAGUCAAAUAAAAAAGAUCUAUGUAGAAGUAUUAUAUAUAAUAAUUUAAUAUAAACGUUUAGUCAGAUUCCGACGAUGAAGAUUAUGCGAGAAAAAAAGUGACACCUUCCACAAGUUCAGAGGUAAAAACCCAUUCCUACGUUUAUCAAUUAUCCAACUAAAAAUCCAAGUACUCAAGUCAAUAAUUUGACGCGUUGUACUUAUUGUUUGUUAUAUUACAGCAAUCAUCAGGCCUCUUCUCUCUCCUGCCUAAACCAAAACACAGCGUCGUGGUCAAAGAGAACAACCCAAACAGACCCGUAGCAAAAAUAUCCAACCGUCCAUUAAUUCCUGACAGCUUGCGAAGAAAGCCAGUCAAGAAGCCAACACCUCAAAUCAAGAAGCCAACACCUCAAGCUAAGAGACCACCAGCAAAAGAUGAUGGCAGUGACGAUGAUAGUGAUGAUGACGAUGGAGGAAGCUUUUUCUCAUGGAAUGAACCAAAAACAUCGACUGCUCAAGACGCUUCAAACAGCCAAGUCACGUCUGGUAGCGCUCUUUGUAUUAGUAUCUGACUAAACAGUUUAGUAGAAAGUUAGAGUAAAAAGAUCCUCCCAACAUUGUUUGAAACGUCGAAGUAUUUCUAAAUAUUAUCUGGUAGUUCAAUCACAAACCACUUCAGCUUAGUUUUACAAAAGCUCCGUCGAGCGAUUUCCAACCACGGUACAAUAUUACUUUUUUGUGAAUUUACUUUUCUUAGAUGCUGGAUCAACAAUCAUUUCUGAUGAAACGGGAGAACCCAGUAAUGCUGUCACUCAAACUAAAAAACCUGCUAACAUUUUACCUUCAAUGAAAAUCCCAGCUACGAAUGAUGCCACCGUAAUAGGAACAUUACAGGGAACUAAAAGCACAGAAAAUAUGCAAACUUUUUCACAGGACGUUUUCACUACGCAUUCAAAAUAUUUUGAAAAUCAAAAUGAUUAUAAUGCGCAAGGAUAUUCCCAUCAAGGAACCAGUUACCCCCUGGAAUACUCUGGUAGUUAUCAGACAAAUUCUGAGAAUGUUGGUUACGCCGAACCAAACUAUGUAAGUCUAUUUUGUUUCAAGUUUUUAAAGCAAAGAUGACCAUCUAAUUUUGUUUCAACAAAGCUAUAUGUAUGUAGGAACGUUUAUAAAAGCAAACUGCAUGUAUUGUACAAAGCAAAAUUAACAAAUUUGACAAGAAUUAGCGGUUUAACACCAUCUAAUCCAAACACCAUCUGCUGUGCAAUAGCGCUUAGUGAAAAGCUGUAAAACACGCCUAGGACUGACCAGUUUUAAAACUGCAGUGAACACAAAGAACUUAAUUACUGCAUUGUAUCAUUUCCUUGCACCAGCCAUACUACGAUUACUGCAACUCGGAACAAUAUAAUCAAGCCACGACAGAACAAGAACAAAAUUAUCCCGUCUGGCCAGCGCAAGCCACCGUCGAAGAAACUCCUGGACAGGUAGUCUCUGUUCCAGCAAUGUUGACAUUUCUUUGAUUUGAAUUUCACCACAGUCUCAUGUGAGAAGAGUGGCUUGACUCUACCAAACGCCACAUCUUGCAACACUGGAUCAAUAAGAAAUGAUUCUUACUGGACCUCUCAGGACUCGGGCUUAGAUCUGACAGAGAUAUCCAGUAUAAAUAAAGUUAGUUUAGGUUUUGUACUAUUAACACUGGAUCAAUAAGAGAUGAUCCUUACUAGACCUCUAGGAAGAACAGUUUAGAACUGAUAGAGCUAUCCAGUAUAAAUAAAGUUAGUUUAGUUUAGGUUUCCUCCUGUAGUAACACUGGAUCAAUAAGAGAUGAUCCUUACUGGACCCCUAGGAAGAACUGUUUAGAACUGAUAGAGCUAUACCGUUAUGGAGCUAUCCAGUGUGAAGUUAAUUCGAACUAUUCUGGCUGUGUUAGUUUAAGAGAUUUCUAGGAAAGCGAGGUCAUGGUGAAGAGAAUAUUGAAAUUAUUGAUGUAAAUGCUGAUGAUCAAGUUGGCUCUUCACGAGAAUGGAAGUCAAACUAUCAUAAAGAAGAUGCAGAUUAUAAACCACAGUCAAAGGUGAAUUUUUGAAGAUGAUCUGAAAUUACGUAGUAAAAACGCGCAAAUUGUUACAGGUCCACUUGCUACAAAGUUGAUGACUUAGACUACGUGCACACGGUAACGUUUUCGAGCGUUUUCAUUUGCGUUUUCACGCUAAAACGGAUGCGAAAACUAUUAAUUUACGACUGAAGCUUUAGUUUAUUUAAUAUAUUGGAGAUAUUUUCCUUUGAACCACGUGAACAGGGCAUCAAAGCGAUUAAAGGGACAAAAACGUUUUUGAAAACGCUCGAAAACGACGCCCGUGUGCACAUAGCCUUAGUAACAGACUUACAAGAUGUUCCAUGAACAUGUUGGUUCUGCAAUUCAACAACUUGUUAGCGAUACAAACUUUUUAUUUAAUUUCUAGAAAAAGGAUAACCUGCCCUCAUCUCAACAGAGGAAAAAACACCAGAUAACUUAUCUCGCUUUUCAGGUAAAAUUGUCUAAGGGGCCAUUCACAAAGGAUGUCCGAGCCGAGGGGGGGAGGGGGGUUUGGAAAAUCAGGACAAACUCGGACAUAGGGGGGGGGGGUUAGCAAUCCGGAUGUCCGAAAUUUAAAAAAAUUCAAAAACAAAUUUCUUUUUCCCUCUAUUUUGAGCAGUCCUUCCCAUUGUGAAAUUGGCAUUUUGACUAUGCGGUUAACACUAGAUUUUGUUUUAAUUAGUAAUUUAUAUGUUUUUUGUGUUCACAUUUACAGUUAUAAAAAAGUUCUAAAAGUAAAAAAGUUUUUUACUCUUGAUAUAUACAAGGUUGCGUGAGUUUUUGCGAGGCAUGGCGGAUUUCGGACAAUGCCGGACAAGGGGGGGGGGGUCUGAAAAUUCAUCAUUUGGCCGGACAUCCUUUGUGAAUGGCCCCUAAGACUGAUAACAAACUUUGAAUACCUCAAACAUUUAAAAGUCAAAUAAAUUUUUUUUGUGCCUCCCUCUCCAUUGCAUCCCUGUUGACCUAGCCUGCGUGCAGCCUGACUUUGUCAGGCUGCACGCAGGCUAUGUUGACCAAGGCCAGCACAGGUGCACACCCCCUAUAAAUACACCAUUGUGUGUUAAUUGUUGUUUUUGUACCAGGCCAAGGAAAAGGAAUGGGAACUACGAAACCAGUGGUCUGCUAAUAGACAGACAAAAAGACAGACUCAGUCGAAAUAUGGAUUUUAAAACUUACAAGUCCAAAGCUUUGCAGGAGAAUUACUGUAUCAUCACAAAUGUCAUUAGUUUGGUUGUCAAUUUGUAUAUGCGGAUAUAAUACGCAAUUAACCAUAAUCUACUAUAACCAACAAUGUAUCCAUAAUUAUUGUACAUAAUGCAUACUUAGAAUACAUUAAUAAUAGACAUGAUCUUUUUUGUGUAAUUUUAUUUUGGAAAUAAAUUUUGGAUUAAAGCAUCCGGAUUUAAACAUUACAUAAAGUAAAAAAUAUUAAAUAGCGCUAUCUCUGUCUUCAUAUUGUUGUACUUCUCUUCCAAAAUCUUUCAACCUCGUUACAGUCU